CUGAUUCUUAAACUCGACGAUUCCCUCAACGCUGCUUCAAAGGCCAUAAAGCGAAGAAACAAGCUCAUCAGAAUAGCGGAUAAAUCGGAAGCUGGCUGGGCCGCAGUUGACGAGUAUCUUUCUGACGAAGUCGCUUCCGGUUUUGAAGACGGAAAGAAGAUCCGUGCUGCUGAGCAGAGAGCGUUGCGAAAGAAGAAGAACGCUCGCUGUGCGAAGUCGGGACAGAAGCUGAGUAUUUUAUCUGUUACUUUUAUUCGUUUGCUUUGCCCGUUCUUUAUUUUCUUUAGCGUUUAGGAGGUCGUAUUAUACCACUGCCGACCUAUUCCUCCUAUACAAUAAAUUCAUUAUUGUGUUUUGUAUUUGCUUGUGUGUGUUUCAUUAUUACCGAGUUUAGAGCAUAAAUAAGUUAUUUUCGGUACGCAGUUUAGAAAAUAAAUGUAUUUAUGCUCGGUGCGUUGGGAAUUAUGCGUGCGAAUGGAGGUUACGUAAUGCGUACCGCAUUCAGGCGUGUUCAUCACUCUUAUUGUUGGGUUGUGUUUAAAUAGGUUCACCACGUGUUGUGCUCUCACUUUAGGUCAUUUCAGUGGCUAUAAUCGACCGUCACUUAGUUUCCUCUUUCUUCCUUUUUUCUUUACAGGUCAUUCAGCGUCCAGAGACUUCCUCGGGGUUUUCAUCGGCUGUCUCCUCUAUCACUCCAAGAAAUUUUACUAAUUUUCGUCCUCAAAUGUCAAAGGGCGCCUUUGUUAAAGGCCGUUAUGACAUCUGCUUCGCCUGCGGCAAGACCGGCCAUUUGAGAGCAAGUUGCCCCAACUUAUUCUUCACUGCCGGAUCAACCUACAAACAGAUCCAAAGUUUGUCAAGUAAAGACAGCGGUUCUUCUGGGCAGCAGUAGUUCCAUUGCUGAUAGUAAAGCAGUAAAAGAAACUCUUGAAGGUAUUUUUGACGAAGGUCCAGCUUUAGAGGUGUGUUUUGAAUUUGAGAAUUCUCCCAAUAGUAUUCUAUCGGUUAAGGGUAGGCUUAAAGCUCAUUUUAGUUUUUGGGCGAACGCGUAAGGUGCAAAUGAUUUCAUUCUCCAGGUUAUUGACAAGGGGUAUGCCAUACCCUUUAUUACAUUUCCUCAGAAUGCGUUUUUUGACAAUAAUCAUUCAGCACUUAUGCACGCUGAUUUUGUUCUGAAGGCUAUCCAAGAGCUUAUUUUGUCAGGUUCAGUUGUUCAAGUAUCUAGUCCUCCUCAUGUUGUCAAUCCCUUGUCUGUUUCCAUACAGAGUUGCGGCAAGAAGAGGUUGUUUUUAGACCUCAGGCAUGUCAAUAAACAUAUAUGAAAAGAAAAGUUUAAGUUUGAGGAUAUUAGAAACGCUUGUGUUUAUCUUCCUUCUGAUCAUUUCAUGUGUAAAUUUGAUCUCAAUCUGGCUACCACCAUAUUGAUAUUUUGCAGUAACAUCAACUUUUUUAGGGUUUUCUUGGGUUGUUAGCCGUUCAUACUAUUUUCAUUCCUUCAGUUAGGAUUCUCAGUGUCGUACAGGUUAUUGAUUCAAUUCGUUCUCUGUAUCCUUUUAGUACUGCUAGAAAAUUGGCUCAGUUUGUCGGUAAGAUUAUCUCAAUGGGUUUCGUCUUUGGUAACAUUACUCGUAUUAUGACAAGGUAUUCUCAUUUUGAUAUUUUUAGAAGCCCUACAUGGGACGGGAAAAAAUUUCCCUGUCGGUUUCAACUCUGAAUGAAUUACGUUUUUGGAAAGAGAACAUUCCUUUCCUAAACAGUAGGCGCCUCUUGUCUACACAGUUCCGUUAUUCCCGUGUGUGUUAUUCCGAUGCGAGUCCUACAGGCUGUGCCAAUUAUAUGUUAGAUCUUCACAACACCAUAUCUCACAAGUUGUGGGGUGUUGAUGAGGCGCAGAAGAGCUCCUCUUACAGGGAACUUAAGGCUGUUUGCCUGGGUCUAGAAUCUUUUUUGUCUUUACUUAAAGGGCACACUGUUAAGUGGUAUACUGAUUAUCAGAGUGUUGCUAGAUUUGUUGAAGUAGGAAGCAUGAAGGAAGAUUUGCAAUGCCUAGCUUUACGUAUUUUCAGUAUGUGCUUGCUCAGUUGCAUCACAUUGGAAGUUGAAUGGAUUCCGAGAUCGGCUAAUGAUAGAGCCGAUUUUUUGAGCAGAAUUGUGGAUUAUGAUGAUUGGCGGGUCAACAGGGACUAUUUCCUUUUGGCCGAAGAGAAAUGGGGUCCUCACUCUGUGGACCGGUUUGCGAAUCAUGAGAAUACUCAGUUGCCCCGUUUAAUAGCAGGUUUUGGUGCCCUGGUACAGAGGCGGUUGAUGCCUUUUCUGUUUCUAGGGCGGGCGAGAAUAAUUGGCUCGUUCCACCUAUUUUUCUCAUCCCCAAGGUCCUUAAUCACAUGGUUGCCCUUGGCGGUCGCGCUACACUUGUUGUUCCUGCUUGGCCUAAUCCGUCCCAUUUUGGCCUUUAAUUUUUACCAACGAGGGUUUGUCUCCCAUAUUCUCUGAUAUUUUCGAGAUCCCCUUAGGUACUGAUGUUUUCGUUUUGGGUAAUUAUAAAAUUCCCUUUUUGGAUCACCUAAUUUGCGUUCAGGUCUUUUGUUCAUGCGGUUUUCCUAGAGAGGCCUUAGUUACCCCCCCUUUUUUUUUUUCAGAUUUGUAGGGGGUUUCUCUGCAGUUUAUAGAGUUCUUACACUCAUACCACAUGGUAUCCAAGUAUUUUGGGAUGCACUUGGAUCCUUGUUUUGUGGACCACUUGGUCUUUUUUAUUACGUAGGGGCCACUUUGGCCCUUAGUGGUAAUAUUUUUCUGUGUUUUUCUUGGGACCACUUGGACCGAACCUUACCUUGUUUCACUACGUGUUGUAUUUUUCUGAUAUAUUUUUUCUUUGGUCAUUUUUGUCAUUUUAUUUUCUCUAUUUUUUGCUUCAGAUGUUAAAGCAGCUGCCAGUCGGACGUUUGGUGUUUUACUAUGUGAGAAGUUUUGGCUCUCUGCCUUUAAUUCCCGAGCUGAUAACACAGUUAUUAAUUAUUGUAAAUCAUUUUGUAAGUUUAAAGCGUGGUGCUUGCAUAGCACUGGGGAGGUUUCUUUUCUCCCAGCUACUUCUUUCACAGUUUCCUUGUAUUUGCAUCAUUUAUUAGAAAAUUCGUUAAGUAGUUCCACCACUUACGGCGUUUUUUACGCUAUUAACUGGGUACAUAAGUUAUCAGUUUUUGAGAAUCCAAAUCCGUGUGACAACUUUCUUGUCAGGUCUAUUGUUGAGGCUUCCAGUCGUGCUCCUCGUAAACCUGUCACGAAGGCGGAGCCCAUUACCCCAGAGAUCCUUGGCUUAAUUUUGCAGCAUUAUGGGGAAAGUAGUAACUUACUUGAUAUCAGGUUUGUCUGUAUGUGUUUACUCGCAUAUGCUGGCUUUUUCCGCAUUUCCGAGCUUUUAAGCAUUAGUAGAUCUAAUAUUGUAACUGAAGGUCUUUAUCAUAAGAUUUUCAUAGAAGUUAGCAAGACUGACAAGUACAGAGAGGGUUCCUGGGUUUAUAUUGCCAAGACUGGCAAUUUUACUUGCCCUUAUACAUACCUUAUUAAGUACUUAGAAGCUGCCAGGAUUCCUUGUUUUUCUCAGAAUUUCAUUAUUUUUCAGAUCCUUACGGUACGACAAGAAUUUGAAGGGCAAUUUCUUCUCUUCAAAGCCUCUCACUGCUGGCAGGGCGGGAGAAAUUCUUAAGGAGAAGUUGAAAGCUAUUGGAUUAGACCCUUCUAAGUUUAGUAAUCACAGCUUUAGGUCCGGAGGAGAUACUUCCGCUGCUAAUCAGAGUGUUCCAGAUCGGCUUUUCAAAGUUUACGGAAGGUGGAAGUCAGAUUCAGCUAAAGACGGCUACGUCCGCGAUAAAGUCGACUCGCGUCUUUAUGUUCCUUUACACAUUGGAAUUUAA